GAGAAAGGAAAAAGUUACCCAACAAACAUGUGAAGAGAGCUUAAAGUUCUAAAGCACCAAAGCAGCAUGAGAUGAUGAGAAGAGUCACUGAAGUUCAGAGGACAUAACGUGUCCUUUGCUGGACGGCGACAGAAGUGACAGAAGAGAAGAAAGGGGACGGUGCACAUGGAGGAAGAGUGCGUCGGGGCUGCGAGGGUGUGCCUUUGCGCUCUCUGACACGUCGUGCGCUGCUGGUCAGAGCCUCCUGGCUCAGUGCACGCCGACUGCGCUCGGAGCUGCUCUACCACCGCCCCGCGCUCUUCUCUCCAGUGAGAACGAGCUGGACAGGUCAUUCCCUCGCUUCAGUUCAUCAUCUUCUCACUAGAUGGCUGCUGUGCACGGAGAGGAGUGAGGGACGGAGGAAUACCACCCUACGCAGCCUCCUUGUUUUUGUUUUAUCCAUUUUUGCGAGGCGUCCUUUGUUUUUCUUUCUCCGCUGUCUUCCCACGGCGUUCUUCUCACUGGAGUAAUGUCUGUGUACUGGAGCAAGGAGCCAUGGUUACCAGUGCAUUUAUUCAUCAUGCUGGUGGCACUGGCAUCCUACAGCAUCGGGCAGAAUGUGGACCGAGGGGAGGCACGACCUUCCUGCUAUGGGGGAUUUGACCUCUACUUUGUACUGGAUAAAUCCGGAAGUGUCCAGCACCAUUGGACUGAGAUUUACCACUUUGUUGAACAUCUGGCUCAUAAAUUCAUAAGCCCACAGCUGCGAAUGUCCUUCAUCGUGUUUUCUACAGAGGGAAAGAUCCUUAUGAGGCUGACUGAAGACAGAGAGAAGAUUCGGAAGGGCCUGGAGGAGCUGAAGAGAGUACUGCCAGGAGGGGACACGUUCAUGCACGAGGGCAUCCUGAGGGCUAGUGAGCAGAUAUACCAUGGGAACACAGAAGGGUACCGCACCGCAAGUGUCAUCAUCGCUCUUACAGAUGGGGAGCUACACGAAGAACUCGUUUUCUAUGCAGAGAGAGAGGCCAAUCGCUCACGGACCCUUGGCGCCUCUGUGUACUGCGUUGGUGUGAAAGACUUCAAUGAAACUCAGCUGGCAAAAAUUGCUGACAGCAAGGAUCAUGUCUUUCCAGUAAAUGAUGGGUUUGAAGCUCUUCAAGGUAUCAUAGAUUCGAUUUUAAAGAAGUCCUGCAUUGAAAUCCUGGCUGCUGAGCCCUCUAGUAUCUGUGCAGGAGAGUCUUUUGAGGUGGUUGUCAGAGGGAAUGGCUUCCUGCAUACUCGCAAUGCGGAGAAAGUGCUGUGCAGCUUCCGCAUCAAUGACACUGUAACAAUCAUGAGGAAACCACUAGUUGUCAUGGACACCUACCUUCUUUGCCUUGCGCCAGCGCUCAACGAAGUGGGAACGUCAGCCACUCUGUACGUCAGCAUGAACGACGGCUUGAGUUUCAUCUCCAGUUCGGUCACCAUUACCACUGUCGGCUGUUCUGACGGAACAAUACUGGCCAUUGCUCUGCUCAUCUUGAUGCUCCUGCUCAUCCUGGCUCUGCUCUGGUGGUUCUGGCCUCUGUGCUGCACAGUGAUCAUCCGUGAUCCCCCUCCUCCUGUUGUGGAAGACAGCUCGGAGGAUGAAGAGGAUGAAACCCCAAAGAAGAAGUGGCCCACGGUGGAUGCUUCAUAUUAUGGGGGCCGUGGUGUGGGUGGCAUUAAGAGGAUGGAAGUGCGCUGGGGUGAGAAGGGCUCCACUGAGGAAGGUGCCAAGCUGGAAAAGGCCAAGAAUGCCCGAGUGAAGAUGCCCGAACAGGAGUUUGAGAUGCCAUCGGUCCGUACGCUGAACAACGGCGUGCGCAAACCACACAGGCCCCCAAAGUGGUACUCUCCCAUCAAGGGCAAGCUGGACGCCUUGUGGGUCCUGUUGAGGAAAGGGUACCAGCGUGUGUCUGUGAUGAGACCACAGCCUGGAGAUAAGGGCCGAUGCAUCAACUUUACUCGGGUAAAGUCCAGCCCCCCGCCACGCUAUCCACUCUAUAACAAUAAUCUUGGACCCAUCUACAGUUCUUCAAGAGGAUGCAGCCCCCCUCCUCCACAGGGCAAGCUGCCACCGCCACCUCACAGCCCCCCAGCGUCCUGCUUAGCAUCCUUCCCGUCUACAUUGCCACCUCUGCCUCCCACACCGCCUCCUUCAACCAUCCCUCCACCUUACACACCUCCUCCCACAUGCGCUCUUCCUCCCACCACUCUGAAUUUGCCUCCUGCUCCGCCCUGUCCUCCACCGUCUGCAUUCCCGAACGGCUCUCUUCCGCCUCCACCUCUGGCACCACCUCCCAGCAGAGCUCCACCCCCCGAUCGCCCCCCGCCCCGCCCCUCUUUUUAAAGGCACUCUGUACGAUGAAGGGGGAGGGGGGGAAGCCACAACAGACUGUAUAGUGAAACAUAGAUAUAUUUCAAAUCCCCGUCCCCAGCUUCUCUCCUGCACUGCCGUCGUUUUUCUUUCUCACGCUCUGCCAAACUGCCACCAUCCACAUGACCUACUUCAUCCACACCAGCCAGCUUUUCUAAUCUCCUCUCGCGGUGGGACCAAAACCGCCUAUGAACCUCCGGCUAAGGAACCUGAACCACAUGAUGCUGUGCAUUAUGGCACUCUGAUGUUGCCUAGGGUUUGCAUCUUCAGCAGGCAUUUUGUAUAUUUGUAAAAAAAAAAAAAAAAAAGAAAAAAAAAA